AUGCUGCCGCUCCAGAGCUCGGUGACUCGAAAGUAUUCUAAAAUCCCCACGUUGUUUCGGCAUGGCCAAGGCGUGGGCAUCGAUAUUGCCGGCAUUGUCACGCAAGUGAGUGUAGACGUCACGACGUUUUGUGUCGUGGACCGAGUAUGUGGCAACACCAGGGGGCCCUCGCAGAUCAAGCAACUUGCCGAGCAACUCAAUUGGCCAAGCUUCGACCUUCGUUUACGUUUCAACAAGGCGGCGCUACCUUGUGCGUACCUGACGGCGUAUCAAGGCCUGAUCAACCAUGGCUUUGAACCCGGGGCUAAAGUACUGGUCACUGGAGCCAGUGGCGGGUGCGGUACUGCCGCAAUUCAACUCGCCAAGGCGCUAGGGGCCAGCGAAGUGGUUGAUGUGUACUCGACCAAGAACGAAGGCUUUGUCAAGUCGAUUGGCGCCGACCGCACGAUCGAUUACGAGACUCAGUCGAUUGUGACCGGGGAUGAAGGGUACUUUGACUUUGUGUUUGACGCGGCGAGUGGCAGCCCUGGUGGCGAAGACUACUUGAAAAAAGCCAAGGUCGUGCUAACCGAUCCCUCCAAAUACCACGUCACACUCAGUGGUCCCGCGACGUUUUGGAUCCAGCUCAUUUGUGGCUGUUCACCCAAGCACAUUGCGCUUCAAAUGACCAGUCGAAAAUGCGCCGAUUUGACCGCGAUCGUGGAACUCUUGAAUCGAUCCGACCAACGGCCUGCUAUCGACACGGUGUUUCCCUUCACAAACCAAGGCGUUGUCGACGCGUUCGCGAAAUUGAAAUCCCGUCGAACAAAGGGCAAACUCAUCAUUGAUGUCGCCGCGAGCCUCAACACAUUCCACUAAUAUGGUAGUACAGUAGAGUCCACAUAUG